GGCGGCUUUUUUUUUGCUGUGGAGCCAAAUGCAGUUGGCGCGCCGACGUGAAAACCAGUUAAGCGCGUUGACUCCGCUAAAGCACAUCGUGCAGCUCGUCGUUCGUGUGUAAUUUUUAACAUAGCAAAAAAGCACCAAAAAAGAAAGACAAGACGUAGAAGGAGCUGUUUUUUAAGUAACGGCAAAAACCACCCCUAACUUAAACAGAUUUUUAUUUGGGCGCAAAAACACAAAAUUUCAACUCAAAUCUUGCACUCAAACAAAGUCAAUGCCGGCUGUGGAAGGCAUUCAGAACAGACAGAGUAAAGAGGCGAGAGACAGACACGCAGAGAGCGAGUGAAAGAGAAAGAAUUAUAGACAGCAGCAGUUAUACCGGCUAAUACUAUCAACAGCAGCAGCAGUAGCAACAACAACAGCAGCUGAACAUCAUCGUCAUCAUCAACAUCAUUAGCUCAAUCAUCAUCAUCCUCAUCGUCGUAGUCGUCGUCGCCGUCGUCGUCUACAGGCCUAGCUAGAUUAUCCAUCAGAUACAAACGUGGAGAGUCGUCCUUUUGCAUCGCAACGGUUGCUCGACUGUCAGUUUCAAGCGAAACACGAACGCGUUUGCACGCAGGCCGGCGCAACACACCGAGCCAGUUCACAAAAUAAUCACAAGAGAAAAAGCGAAAAUAACUAUAAUACCAAAUAACAAAAAAAAAAAAAACUAUAUUUAGAGUAAACAAACUUUGAAGCCAGUGUUAUGCAGUGUCGUCAGUGUUGCAAAACAACCAAAAACUAUUCAGUGACAAAUUAGUUGCGAGAACUUUGACAUAUCUUAAAACAAAAAAAUCAAAUAAAAACUAAGGAAAAGAAGAUUAUUAUUAUUAUAUAUAAAACAUUAUAUAUACCAUAUACCCAUACACCGAUCCAUUGAAAAUUGAAAAUGGUUAUGUCGGAGCUACACUGGCGCACAGCUAGUCCCGAGGAUAAUAACAAUUCCUUAAAGCAUGAUCUAUUAAAGGCGAACAACAAUAACGCCCGAGACGUUGCUGCCGUUCAUAUGAUGCAAAAUCGAUACAUCAGCCGACUGUCGCGCUCGCCUUCGCCACUGCAAUCGAACGCUUCCGAUUGUGAUGACAACAACUCGAGUGUGGGCACCUCCAGCGAUCGCUGUCGCUCGCCGCUGAGUCCAGCGCUGUUGCUCACCCAGCAGCAGGCCAAGCGACAGUUGCUCUCGAUGCAGCCGCAUCCGGCGCACCAUCACAAUCACAAUCACAACCACAAUCACAAUCAUAAUCAUCUGCAGCAGACGUACAAGCAGGAGCAGCAGGAUGAGGACUAUGAUGAUGCCAAUGGCGGUGCACUCAAUCUGACCAGCGAUAAUUCACGGCACAGCACUCAGAGUCCGGCGAAUUCGGUCAAAUCGACAGCGGGCACACCGCCGGCUCAGCUGGCGGCACCGCUCGUCUCGCCUGUACUGCCGCCCACCGUUGCCACGCCCACUUCUAUGGCAGCCGCCGCCGCAGCUGCCGCUGCAAUGGCUAACAGCAUGCAGCCGGGUCUUGGCUUGGCCUUACCCGGCCUGUCCUCGCCUCAGCUGGCGGCUGCCGGCCUGGCUCUGAAUCCUCUGCUGGCCGGCUCCAUUUCGCAACAGGAUUUCGCUCAGCUCCAGCAGGUGCUGCAGCAGCGACAGGUCGCACUGCAGCAGCAGUUCAAUAGCUAUAUGGAACUGUUGCGCAGCGGCUCGCUGGGUCUCUCGCAGGACGAUCCGGCGCUGGCUGGUCAGAUCGCUACCGCUCAGUUCCUGAUGCAGAGCCAGCUGCAGGCGCUGGCCCAGGCCACACAGCAGCUGCAGGCGCUGCAGAAGCAACAGGAGACGCUGAGCAUGUGCAAAUCGCCGCUGCAGCAGCCGCGCAGCUCGACGCCCCAUUCACGGAGUCCGGCUGCCGUGCGCAGUCCGGCCAGCUCGCCGCAUCAGCCGCUGCAGAUAACGCCGCCCAAUUCGGCGGCCAGUUUGAAGCUGAGCGGCAUGCUAACGCCCAGCACGCCCACCAGCCACUCGCACCCGCAUGGCCACGCCCACACGCACAGUCAGGUCACGCCGCAGCCCAAAACGGUGGCCAGUGCGGCAGCGGCGCGUGCAGCCGGCGAGCCCUCGCCCGAAGAGACAACAGAUCUGGAGGAGCUGGAACAGUUUGCCAAGACCUUCAAGCAGCGACGCAUCAAGCUGGGCUUCACCCAGGGCGAUGUGGGCCUGGCCAUGGGCAAGCUGUACGGCAAUGAUUUCUCGCAGACCACCAUCUCGCGCUUCGAGGCGCUCAAUCUGAGCUUCAAGAACAUGUGCAAGCUGAAGCCCCUGCUCCAGAAGUGGCUGGAUGAUGCGGAUCGCACGAUUCAGGCCACCGGCGGCGUCUUCGAUCCGGCUGCCCUGCAGGCCACGGUCAGCACGCCGGAAAUAAUUGGACGUAGACGCAAAAAGCGUACGUCGAUCGAGACAACGAUUCGCGGUGCUUUGGAGAAGGCCUUCAUGGCCAAUCAGAAGCCCACCUCCGAGGAGAUCAGCCAGCUGGCCGAUCGUCUGGGCAUGGAGAAGGAAGUGGUGCGUGUUUGGUUCUGCAAUCGCCGGCAGAAGGAGAAACGCAUCAAUCCCUCGCUCGACAGUCCCACGGGCGCCGAUGACGACGAGUCGUCCUACAUGCUCCACUAGAGACCCGGUGCGAACCCAUCUCUACGAAUGGAACACAAACACAGUGCAAUGUGCGCAGACCAUAGAGAACAAACGCGCACAGCUUAACUAAUUUAAAGCAGGUUCAAAGUCGCAAAACACAUCAAAUAUUAGCAUAAUUCUUCACUAUGAUUCGGUUUCACGCACCAAUCGCACACACAUAUAUGAGCACACACACACAUGUGUGUGUGUGUGUGAGUGGUUUGUUUUAUGUUAACUAUUAUUCGUAUUUAUUGUAACAAAUUAUAAUAUAAAUAUAUAAAUAUAAAAUUGAGCAAAUCGGCGGCAAUAUGUGGCUGAUCAAAUGAACCAGUAUGAACUACUACUAGUUCAUUUAAGCACCCACAUUUACUAAUAAAAUAUUAAUGCAAUUGCCUGUUGCGACCAACAGGAAACUGCAUUAAAUUUUUAUUGAAAUUGUCCUAUAUGUCGUAUGAUUAAUAUUUAAGUCAUGUUUAGUCUAAGACUUUUCUUGCAGUGUAACAUUUUCGAGUCACAAAAAAAAAAAAUCACAACUUCUAGAAAAUAAAUUCUCUAA